GUCUCACUGCCUCUCUGCUCCACUGGCUGAGCAGCAUGGACCCCAACAGCUAGCUGCCAUCUUGGCUCCAAACUCUAGCUGGGGGAGAUGAACUGAAUAUCGAAUUCUGCAUUAAGUUCUCCUCACCUGGGUCGCAUUAAGAGCCAAGACGACCCCCAGGCCGUGACACUCUAACCACCUUUCCUCUGGAAGAACUUUUACAAGCUGCAGGGAGUGAUAGAAUAUAUUAACGCAUAAAUAUUCCAAGGUCAUGGACUAUGGAAGCAGCGGAUCCUGUUGAGACCUUGAAAUGGGAUGAGCAGAGUUAGAGUCGGAUUCAAGUCUUUAAUAGUUCUUGAUUUCUAGAGUUUUGACCGAUUUUACUACAAACAGAUGGGGCUCUAUCUGGGUGGUGAGAUACAUUCAGAGAUACCAUAUUUUAAAGUUUAAUUAUUUUUCACAUAAGCCCUUAGAUAUGGAUGAAUAUAUUGAAUUCUAAGUGUUUCUAGUUGCACGCAGUAUUCAAUAUGGAAAGUGUUACUCUGUGGCUAUAUUGAUAUUGAUUAGCUAAACGUUAUUUUCUUCACAUGAAUGGUCUCCAUUCAUUUGUUCACGGCCUUUCUCAUGUAUUGACUAUUCUCCUUCACUCCCAGCAGACCUUUCCUUUGUUGAAAUAUGCUCUUUAGAGACAUUUCCUAGCGUUAGACACUGUAAGUGUCUGGACCAUGCCUUGAGAAAAUGCACCUACUUCUUUCACUUCCAUCUCGAGAUGCUGAAAUACUUCAUCCCUGCAAAUGCACAGCAGAGCGUGAAUAUAAGCCCAAAGCCCCAUAGGCGUACACACCACCACCAGUGAGCAAGAGCAUUGAAGCUAAUUAUACUGGCCAACUGGGGCUCACUUUAUAGUCUACCGUAGCUUACAUGUAGGUGCUCUGUGCUAGGGAAGUCUCAGAGUCACUGUCUAACAGGUUUCUGUUGGCCAUCAUUAUAAUUCUAAGGCCUGUUGCUGACUAUAUUAUUUGAUCGGCUAACAUAAAGAAGCCCACAGGCGCUGGAGUAAUAAGGCAUCGCCUGCUGUCGGCACACUAUACGACUUUAAUCCGUCCAUACACGACGGUGGUGGUGGCGGUGGCGGUGAUUCCGGGGACUGAGUCAUCCGUCUUCUUAGCCUUUCAUGUGACUGUGCUGAAGAAGUUGAUUCGGUCACCGGGAGGCAGGCAGCCCGCCUCGGCCCGGCGCGUGGGAGGGAGGGGUCUGCCGAGCAUCUCCCUCCGUUCGCCAGAGCAGCGCGAGCAGCCUGUGACGCGGGCGGCCAGCACGAGCAGCACCAGCCACCAGCCGAGCUGGGAAAGAAAAGGUGACGGAUGCGAUGUGAUUGAUGACACUACCCUGGUUCAAAUGGCGAGUUUUGCAACGAGUUACUACGAUCACGUGGAGAAGUGGAGCGAUUUGCUGAACAUGUCUCCGUUCACCAACCACCAAAGUGAGGACGAGGUCAGUGAUCCGUGCGAAAAGUCGCUGUUCGGCGAGCGGUCGUAUGAAACGGGCGUGGAGGUGUCGUGCCGCGGUUCAGCACCACGGCCAGCACCCGGGACGGAGCAGCGGCUCUGCCUCAUCAACCACCGGGAACUUCGGAAACACAAAGCGGCGCACUGGGAGGACGAGACGGAGCAGUCUUUCAACGGCCACGAUCGGACACAAAGCAGUCCCGCUAGAAACGAGAACCUCGGCUUGAUACAGAACUCAUCCAUCCAACUCCACGAGGAGGACUACCUGGAACUUUUCAUGUUGGCCGACCAAGAACUCGGCUCGGAGAAGUCGGCGGACUACGGGUUUAUAACGGGCGUGCUUUGUCUGGUGACGGGUAUAUCUCUAGUGGGCAUAUCCUACGUGGUCCCGCGAGACGUGAGAGUGGACCCGGACAGCGUGUCCGCGCGGGAGAUGGAGAGGUUGGAGCGGGAGAACGCGAGAGUGGGGGCCCACCUGGACAGAUGCGUGAUAGCGGGGUUAUGCCUCCUCACUCUGGGGGGAGCGGUGCUCGCGAUGUUGCUCAUGGUGUCCAUGUGGAGGUGGGAGUCGAUGAGGAGAAAGGCGUUUGCAUAUUCCAAGCACGCGGCAAAGUUAUACGGCUCCAUCAAUCUGAGAGCAGGGGGGCCAACCCCACUCCGGGAAUCGCCCUCUCAUUUGUCAACGGAUUUAGAAGCGCUCCGUUGAAUUAAUGCGACAGACUAGAAGGUAAAACUCCACCAUAAAAUCCUGCCAAUGAUGUCUUAUUAGUGGGACACUUGGUGAGGUACAAACCAAAAUAAAAGCCCUGUAAAACUAUGUUGGGUAAAACCCAUCGACCCAGGGCUCUGUUUGAAGAUUUGCUGCGUGCAUUGACUUCACAUUUUACCAAACAUGUAUGAUACAAGGCUUUACGUUUUAUUGCAUGAUGCAUUGUGGGUCCUGGAGUAUGUACUUUGUACCCUUGUGGAGAUGGGAAUUUGAUAAACAACAUCGUUUUGCACACCUAUCGAAUACUGUAUGAUGUGUGUACUGUAUAGGUGAUUGCAUUGACCAUGUACAGUUCAACCAUAUCAACCUCCUUUGUACAGGGAAAAUAAAAACGUCACAUUCUCA